AUGACACUCAGAGCUUCUCCACAUGACAUACGAAAUUCAUUCGAGCGGCUAUUUGAUAACAGAACCUCGUUGGACAAAAUCCGAGAUGCCGCACUAUCAGGCGAACUUCUCUCUAACCCAGAAAAUGCCUACGACCCGUCGUUGAAUGGAAUGCUCCCAGGCCGAAGCCUGGCGUGGAAACUUUUCCUCCUCCCCGCAGCUCCCCUGACUGAUUCACUGUCGCCUAUUCCUUCUCCGCCUUUAGAUGCCCUACGAUCUGCAAGGAGCCGAUAUGCGAGCCUUAUCAGAAUAGAAUUGCGUGCUCCAGAUGGCAGUUACGAAGAAUGGGUUGAUCUCCCAGGUGCCGACGCUGCAGUUCCCGACCGCAACACGAUAGAGAACUGGACAAGAAACAACCCACUGAGCCUCGAUGCAGACUCUGGAUGGAAUGACUGGUUUGAUGCCGUGGAGCUGCGGAAAGUUAUACGGCAGGAUGUGGAACGGACGUUUCCAGAUAUCGAAUAUUUUCGUGAUCCUCACAUUCAGUCACUCCUAACAUCCAUCCUCUAUGUCUAUAGCAUACAAGACAAGAAUGUCGGGUAUCGUCAAGGAAUGCACGAACUCCUGGCACCUCUCCUUUAUGCGAUCGAUUUCGACUCACUCAAGUGCUCUGUUUCACAGCCUGAGGAGAAUGAAGUCCUCGCCGAAUUUUGCGAUAGGACGUGGAUAGCUGCCGAUGCUCAUGCCUUGUUUAGCAUCAUUAUGAAUGGAAUCGGCGCCUGGUACGAGUGGCGCGAGCCAACGCAUAAACAACCUAUCAGCCAGACUAUUCCAGGGAGUUUCGAGCCCAUCUCUAUGAAACCUUGGGUCGCGCCUAUUGUGGAAGCAUGCAGAGCUAUCCAUUCAGAUUAUCUCCAGCACAGCGAUCCGGCUCUGUGGUCGGCGUUACAAAAUUCUCAGAUAGAGCCUCAGAUAUUUGGGAUUCGAUGGCUCAGAUUGUUGUUCACACGUGAGUUCGGUGUUGGGGAUUCCAUGGUGCUUUGGGAUGGUCUAUUCGCUUCCGACCCAACGCUGCAAUUAUCCAAAUGGAUUUGUGUCGCAAUGCUCAUUCGCAUUCGCAAUCACUUAAUAACAUCAGACUAUAGUACUCAACUUGGUUAUCUACUCCGUUACCCUUCUGUUACUCCUGCCGAACCCAUAUCUCACAUCUCCCUCCUCCUUCAGCAAGCUCAAGCCCUCAAAGCCGACCCUAACCCGGCUACCGCUGUCUCACUCGUCAUGCAAAACAAAACUGCCCUUGGAAUUCCUGCAGAGUCUCCAGGAUCCCCUGCUCCCCUUCGGCGCGCGAAAAGUAGGGAGUCUCCCGAGGACACGCGGAAUGCCCAUGGUCAUCCUCCCAGCGGUAGUUCGACGUCAGGAGCGGAAACCCGCAAGGACCCAUUCGGGCUUCCUCUUCCAAUCCCCGAACUAUUCAGUAAAGGGCUGUCAGAUAUCAAUGGUGCAGUGUACAACACUGUUUCAGAGAUACGGCGCAAUCUCCCUGAGUUUGCUCAGCACAUUAGACAUCCAUCUUCGCCGGAUCCUAGCAUCCCCUUCUCAUACCAGUCGUUGAUGACUUCCAAGACCCGACCGAGUCUGGAAAGAGAUGGGACCGAAGGGAUGGAUAAGCCGCCAUGGGAACCCCGAACACGCUUUGAGAUCGAACGGGAAGUCGCAGCUUACUCAAGUAUGAACAAGAGAUUGGGUAAAGCGCUCUCCUGGGUCGUCGACACACUCUUGCAAGGUGCAGAGGAUACACCCGAUCCCCUGUCGGAGAACAGUGCAGAAUCAGCGAAGAGGCGCGAGGCUCUCGAAUGCCUGGCUUAUACACGAGAUUUAUUGAACGCGGAUCAGGCUACGCCUGCUUCUCAGCUUGAUGAGGAAAGACUGCUGGGAGAAACGGAAUACCAUAGUCUCCGUGAAGAGCGAGCAAAGGCUGGACAGUACAACUCUUUAAGCGGGAAGAACAGCGAAGGAAGUACAUCUGCCCAGGAACCCCUUGGCCGUCGUGCUGCCCUUACUUUCCCAGCCCGAGCAGCACAAGGUGUGGUCCUAGACAGCGCUAGUAAACCAGUGUCUCGCCAGGUCUUAGCUUCUUAUCAGUCCAACCGGAACUCUACACCCACAGCCACUCUCACCCGAACUCCGCUAAUUUCGCCUCCCCCAUCAACCAACGCGUUCCGUAACAUAUCAACUAGUAUACAUAAGCCAGACCGUUCUCUCGCUUCCCAUUUCGAUGGCAAACCUAAGGAGACAGUUGCCGUCAGCUCCGCUUCGAUCACCCCUCCCUGGAUAAGUACUCUGUCAAAUUUUGACGCCGGCCGCGUAGCCCAUGGAGUCCGCCAGACACUUUUGAACCCACGCGUAUCAGGGUCUGAGAUACUCCAACGGCCCGCUCCGUCCCUGUCCUUUUAUGGUUCGGAAAGUCCUGACCUCCGUGGCAUCACCAAUAAGGACGAUACCCAAGGUAGCUCUGGGAAUGGGAAUGCUUCUUCGAACUCACCAACGUAUCAAAGUGAUCCCCUUCGAGGCUGA